UUAAUAACCCUGAAAUUGAAAAAUUGUUAGUCAAAAUGUCAUAGUUUUUGUAUAUUCACUUCAUUCCUAUCAUGGAAUUUCAAAAAAGUCGUCCACAGUAUUGCAGUUUUGAAUUUUUGUGUGAAAACGUAACAAGUUCCAUUUUUAAAGCCCAUUUAAUACAAUGACUGUAUCAAACACAUAUGAAAACCACUGCCUUGAAUAUCACCCUCCAGUGCCACUGAAAAGAAAGGUUGCAAACCAGAAUAUAGCUAUUGAUAAACGAAUGAUAGCAACCGAUGGAUCAACAGCUCAUUUAUGUCCUUCAACCCUUUCUGCACAGGUAUGCAAAGGCUCGAAUUUUGCAGCUUAUAAAUUACAAUAGUAAUCAAUCUGGUGUAAAAGUUCUUUAUUUCAACGAGCACUUUCAAAGAAGACCGUCAUCGACUAGUUACCUAGAAGCGGAAACAGAAUUGGAGAUAUUUCAUAUCCCUAAUUUCGACGAGUUACCAGCAAGUUUGUGUGACAUGGGACAGUCAAAUGUUGCAGAAAUCGAUGUGGUGCAUAGUAGAGUACCACAAUUACAACAACCGGAAAUUGUAACAGUACGAACCAGUUCCUUUAAAAGAGCCUGGAAAGGAAUCAAGAACGCGUUCACUUUUAAAAAAUGCAGACACUAAACGAAGUCUGAAUUCGUGAUCUGUAAGAUUUUAUGUUGAUACGUGUAUGCUUAGGUGACAUUUAUGACGAUGAAGAAGAAAAAAAUUGCAAAUUUUCUAUUCAAGCACGGUACAAGUGUACGGUGGUGUUUUAACAUAAUAAAAUAAUUAAUAACUGCAAUGACGACUGAAUAUAAUUUUUUACAUUUUAUAACAACAGCUUUAAGUUAAUAAGAUUUAUCAAUUAUAA